AUUAAAACGUCAUAUAGCAACAGAACAUCAACUGUAUUUGUGCUUCCAGUUGUAUGUGCAUUUGUUGAGUUUUAUUUCGAGUGACAAUGGGGAAGAAAAUAAAGGAAGAUAAAAAGGCACCUCCAGAUGAUGUGUUUGAUCCAUUACUGGUGGAGAGCAGACAGGCUGCCACUGUUGUUCUUAUGCUCCACAGUCCAGAGGAGGAUGUGCAGGCCAAGGCUUGUGAGGCAAUAUACAAGUUUGUAGAUAAAAGUGAUGUUAACAAGAAGGUACUCUUGGACCUAGAUGCUGUGGACCCACUGUUAAAACUGAUGUCAUGUGAAGACCGUAUUGUCCGGCGCAACUCUUGCAUGUGUCUAGGAAUAAUGUGUGCUAGUCCUGAUGUAAGAAAACUUUUGAGAAAACGUGAGGAAUCCAUACCAACAUUUGUGAACCUACUUCAACCAGAGGAAGAGACAGUAGUGCAUGAGUUCUCUGCCCUUGCCCUUUCUUACUUUGCCAAAGAAUUCACCAGCAAGGUAGCCAUCUUUGAACAUGGAGGAGUUGAGGCUCUUGUGCGUUGUCUUUCGUCAACUGAUCCAGACGUUCAGAAAAAUUCCAUCGAGGCCCUUGCACAAAUGCUUCUGGAAUACCAGACGCGGGGUGCUAUCCGAGAGUGUGAAGGACUUGGACCUAUGCUACAGUUGCUAGCAUCAGAGUACUCCAUCAUACAGAAACUGGCACUGCUUGCACUUGACAGGGCCUCACAGGACGGUGAAAAUCGAGCUCGUCUCCGUGAGCUGGAAACCGUGACACGGUUACUAGAGAUCUUGGCACGUCCAGAGUUGAAUGACCUUCACGUGAUGGUUGUCAUGGUGCUUUCCAAUUUGCUAGAAGACAUUGAAAGUCUUGAUCAAAUGAAAGAGUCAGGUGGCUUGAAGAAGUUGGUUGCACUUAUCACAGAUCAGACACCCCCAGAAGAGGAGACCAAGAAGUCAGACAAGAAGGGAGGUUCCAGGGCGGGCAAGAAGAGUGCAAAGGGAUCUGCCAAGAAACACGAGGAGAAAGAGGAGGUGCCUCAGGGUGAGCAGGUGAUACCCACACUGCCAGACGUCAAGAAGUUUGCAGCCAAGGCCAUUGGCAGGUCGGGACGCAAUGUUGAAAACCGGAAAAUCCUCCAUGAGCAGGAGUGUGAGAAGAUGUUGAUUAUCUUGCUUUCCCACGAGGCAGAGGAAGUUCAGUGUGCGGCGGCGGAGGCGAUCGCCAUCAUGUGUGAGAACCUGGCCAGUCGUGACUCCAUCAGAGAGUGGGAUGGGUUCGCUCCCUUGAUAAAGAUGCUAAACUCUGAAAACGAAGAUUUGAAAGAAGCUGCAACACUCGCUCUUGCAAAUCUUACUUGUUCCAAUUCCACAAACUGCCAAGAAGUGAUGAACCUGAAUGGUGUAGAACCCCUGAUCAACAUACUGUCAGGCCAGAGGGAGGAAGCUGUGGGCAAUGCAGCAUCUGCUCUCACCAACAUGGCCCCGGAUGAAGUGAUUCGCACUGAGGCGCUUGCCAAGGGGAUUGUAACGGCCCUCAUUGACCCUCUCAAAUCAGGGAAUACAUUUGUCCAGAGCAAAGCAGCCCUAGCGGUUUCUGCUUUUGUAUGUGAUUCCAAUUCAAGAACAGAGUUUCGUCUUGGAGGUGGAGCGGAGCCUCUGGUUACAUUGUUACAUUCUGGCAAAGAUGAGAUCCGGAGAAACGCAGCCUGGGCCAUCAAUAUGUGUGCUGUCGACCCAGCGACUGCCACAGAGAUGACAAAACUAGGUGCGUUGGAGAUUCUGAUGGAGAUCCAGCUCUCUAGCACACGACGGAGUCCGUUCACCGACGCAGCCCUCAACAAACUGCUCGACAGCAACCUCGCCGCCAAAUAUGCCAUGGGUGGACAUCUUGAUGUGGGGAACCUGAUAGAGGACGGAUUCAUCGACGCAGGUCAGCUGAGGCCUGGCCAGAUGUUCCGGUCUCUCGAAGACUACCUCGAGGAGGAGAUGAACGACAAGAGGGCGGUCCUACUCGUCAACGCAAAACCAGAGAGAGUAGAACAAGAAACCCCUUCAACUCUGGCAGAACCUUCACCCACUAAACCCGAUUCACGUGGUGUCGUGACGAAAUCUAUCUUAAAGAAAAAGCAGGCCCCUCAGCCCAGACAAGAGGAGGGCGAUGGUACAAAGGCUGAAGGCUCAAAGGCUGCUGCUGCUGGGAAGUCUCGAGCAGCCAGAGAUUCUAAACAGAAGACGAAGGCACAGAAGGAGAAGGAGGAGAAACAGCGUGAGGAGGAGCUGCAGGCCCAGCUGGCGAAGGAGGCCGAGGCAGCCGACGACAAGUUCAAGCCAUUCUCGGACCUCGGCGACCCCACGCUGUGCAGCUUCAUCGACGACAUCACCGAGAAGAUCCUCCCACUGCCCACCACCAUGGAGCAGAUUGUUGCCCUCGCAGAGUUUGUUUCGGAGAAGAUGGGAGGCAGCAUUGAGAAGGGCCAGGUGGCAAACUUCAGCUGGGAGCUCCCUCUCAGUCAGAUCAAGUUUGAGCUCAAAUCAAACGUCAUCCCCAUCGGCAAAAUCAGGACAGGAAUAUAUAUACACAGGGCACUCCUGUUCAAGACUCUGGCUGACCGUAUUGCUAUCGGGUGUACUCUGACACGGGGAGAGUACAAUCACGCAUGGAACCAAAUGAUGAUUGCGGACGAGGACAGCUCGCCUGAAUUGCCAAAAUUUCCACCCAAGACAUACAUUGUUGAUCUGAUGCAUGAACCUGGGCGGCUUCUUCCCGUGGAUGCUCCCGAAGCUAUAACCUACACACACAUAUAACUGCAGUCGUUGUGUCACUGUCUGUGUGCCAGUUUUCUUGUUCUCAUCUAGUUUCAGACAGAUUGAAAGAAACGGAUCAUGAUAAUACACUUACUAAAUGAACAUCAGUACUGAAAGCAAGUGAGAAAGAUGAUUAAGUAGAAACGUUUGUGAGAAAACAAAUCAUGAAAUCGUACAGUAUUAUAUUUGUAUUAUUUGAGCCAGCAUGUUUUCUUGGAGCAUAAGCUGUAUGCUUGGCCAGUGUCUGGAUACAGGUCAUACAUAAUGGAAGAAAACUAGAUUUGUCCUAAUUGCCAAAUAUUGUACUGUAAAAUUGAAAAUAAUUUCAGGAAGUGAAUUUCAAAGUGUUUCUUUGAAACAAUCCGAGCAUUUCCACUUGCAUUUAGCUGUUCCUUUCACAGUAGUUAUUCUAGUUUCUAGUGAUCACAAACACUACAGCAGAUAAUUUUGCUAAUAUGUGGAAAUGUUUGUGUUGAAAAGAUGCGUUGUGAAAAGAUAUCAUUACCGACCAUUCACAUUCUGAUACUAAUCAUAGAUUCAACCCCUGCAGUUCAGAAAAUGUCCACAGCAAUCUUUACAGCAUUGCUGUUUGCCAUUGGCAAUUGCAGGGGUUGUGGAUUUGAACUCUGCAUGAGAUACUAAGUUAGGUAUCACUAUCUGGUGUUAAUUAAAUUGACUUGAUAUUGAAAUAAGCUCCUGGUGAUAAGACUAUAAGAUUAUUUCUUAAAUCUUGCUCAGUUCUUGAAUUGACUUGUGAUAUAGAAUGUGUUAUGUUGCAUGCUUGUACUUUCACAUUAAAAUAUAAGGUCUGUAAAAUAAUUUGCAGUCAUUGAAAAGUGUCAAAUGACAACAACAGGUUUUUGUUUACUUAGCUACGAAGUCAAGGAAUAAUAAGUGGUUCGCUGACACAGAUCUGGGCAUGAACUACAACUAUAACAACUAUAUAUUGUGUAAAAUACCAGCAGUCGGUGGCUGAAUAUUUUACCCAUUAAAAAUGAGUGAAAUGUCGGACGCAGAGCUCUGUUUACAUGCUCAUAUACCCAAUGGUUUCAGGCACGUCCGUCACAGUUCCGAUUUCUGGCCUGGCCAGUGAGCUGACCUGGGACGGAGAGCAAAAUGGGAUACAGUGCAAAUGAAAAAAAUCCUUAAAGGGACAAUUUUAAGUUUGUUUGCAUUAAAAUAACCACUAAAUUACCAGUAAUUAUCUCAUAUGUAAUACAUCGGGGUAAAUAUAAACUUUACAAUGUUUUGAAAUGUAAAGCAUUACAUCAAUAAAACGUUUGGGAUUCUCUUUGACCUAAUUAUUUUAAUUUUUGUUUGGCAGUUGGUAGAAGAAAUAAACUGAUACACAUGAAAUUAUUGUAGGUAAAAAAAUUUGAUAUUGAGUUACUACAAACAUCAUAGAAUGACGAGACAGGACUUGAGUAGGCUAUAGAGAUUAUAUUCUGUAAACCAGGGAAAAUCACAUUAUUUUCCAGGUUAGACUGUGUUUACGGCUACAUCUUGAUUUUAGCAAAAUUUACACCUAAGAUGAGUAUUCAUUAAAAACAAAACCCGUCGGAAUAUUAAUCCGGUUUACAGUAUUCAUAUUCUAAACAAGAAAAUGGAAGUAUAGCAAGAUUGUAAUCUUAAUAAUGGUCUAUAUUUUUCUCAAACAUGUUACCAUGGCUUCAAUUUCAGGAUUGUUUCUUUAAUUCUUUUGAUACCCAGAAGUGUGUGAAUUAGCUUGGUACUGUUUGUUUGUUACUCUUUCAUCGUUGAGAGCAUACAAUGACAUGUUGUCUAUUAAUGCCGUUAUUUUCAGUUCACAUUAUUGAUGAUAGCCUUCCUGUGAUAUGAUUAUUGAAAGAUUUGAACAUGAAAAUAUAUAACUGUUAUGUAUUUUGCCAAAUUGUUCAUUUUAUUUGAUUUUUUGUAUUCGUGAUAUCUGUACAAAAGUGUAAAUAAAUAUUAUUUUAUAUUGUAACAUAAGAAAUUAAAAAAAAUAUCUACUAUUAA